CCGUCAUUCCCUACCCACCCACCCAAUGCGCCCGUGAGUGUGAAAUCCCACUCUUAUCGCAGCGCACUGCCGCCGCGCCGUCCCGCAGCAGAGCGGCGCCGCCGACGCCUCGUUCCCCGGCUCCUCCGCCUCCCCACCUCUCGCGCGAGUCGCCGCCCCCCUUCUACCUCGUCGCGUCCCUGCUGUCUCCGCAACCCUGGGAAUUGGGUUUUGAGGCGUUUGAGGUGGUUCAUCUAAGCCAUAGGGCGUCCACUUUGUUUGUUAAUUUCUAAGCACGCUUCUGACACAAAAUGGCAUUGCUUUUUCGCUUCAGUCAACUGAGGAACAGCAUAUGGAGUAGUUGUCCUGCCAGGUUGCGUAUGCAACAUACUGGAUUGUCACCUGGAACACUGCUUGAUCCAAAAAGCUAUGAGAAGCGCCUUUUCUCAACAAGGGUUCAAGAGACAGCUAGUUUGCACAGAACUGAUCUUGGUCCGUGUAUUUCUGGAAUUCAGCCAUUAAAGUUUCAGCAGACUUCUGAACAUGAGCAAUCUGCGCCUCUUCUUAUCUUUGAUAUUGAGACCACUGGUUUUUUCCAGAAGACCACUGGUAAUUUCCAGAAGGGUAAUAGAAUCACUGAGUUUGCAGUCCGUGAUCUUUGUGGAGGAAAGAAUAGCACAUUUGAAACUCUCAUUAAUCCUGAGAGGGAUGUUCCUGGGUACCUAAAAAAAGUGAAUAACAUUAACACUGAUUUGGUCUGCAAACCUGAUGUCCCGAGGUUCAGUGAUGUACUUCCAUUACUAUUGGCAUUUGUUCAAAGCCGCCAAACUCCUGGCAAACCAGUUAUAUGGGUUGCUCAUAAAGCAAAUACAUUUGAUGCUCCUUUCCUUGCCCAAGAGUUUAACCGUUGUUCAGCUCAGAUGCCUGAAGAUUGGCUGUUUGUUGACUCCCAUUGCUUGGCAAGGAAGUUGCCGAAGCUUGAGCCAUCAGAAGAUAAGAAGCAUCUCCUAAACUUGGAGUCGCUAAGCAAACGCUAUGGCAUCUCUGCGGAAGGCUCUGCUCAUAGAGCAAUGAAAGAUGUGACGACAUUAUGUCAUGUUUUCCAGAAAAUGAGUUUUGAUCUAAAAUUGACAUAUGAAGGCCUAAUAAAUGAGGCCACCAAGGCUAGUUAUUUCAGCAAGCUUCUUAAGUAAAUAUUUGUUGUUUCCAGCUUCCUUGUUUUAGUGGUCACAUUUGUUUGAAUCUCCUCAAUAGGAUUAGCCUCUCCUAAACAUUGCUGGUUAUUGUUGCCUUUGUUGUAGCAUCUCAAGACUCAGUGGCUUCUUUUGUUUGAAAAGUAGCUGCAUUUUGUCAGCGAAAGCCCUACUCUGUGAACUGAACCAUUGGUAUUUACCCUGCAAGCUCCAGAUACUGGCGAAUGAGAGUAGCAUCUGCAGUUUAGCAGGAGCCUAUGCGCUCCGGGAAUUUCUUCUGCGUCCAUUUGUCCCGGACUCCUUGGCAUUUUGGUGUUUUGGUCUCUACGUACUGAAACGAAGCGCAGUUCUCCUGUGUUUUCAGGAAAAAAAAACCCUGCAAUCAGCAUGACAGAUAUAAAAUCACAGCUAAAUCGUUUCUGAUGGUUGACUGUCAGAUCUAUUUGGUAAGGAAUUAUGUUUCAGUGGUCUAUUAGAACAAACUGGCAUCUGUGUGAUGAUUUAAAUUGCUUUAGGCAUGGCCAUAAUGAAAGAAAACUUACCACUUUUUCCUGUAGGAUGGUAUACUCCAUUAAAAAUGAUUUUAACUUCUGCUAUUCCUGAAAUAAAGCAUAUUUAGAGUGUAACUUGUGCUCCUCUACAGUAAGGAUUUCAGUCCAGUCUUUGUAAUCA